AUGGCGGCGGGGAUGUAUAGCCCGCCUGAAAAGAUACUCACGGAGAAGUGGGGGAUAAGCGGCGUGGUGUACAAUCUUGGGAUCACGCUGUUCUGUUUUGGAUUUGCUAUUUCGCCAAUGAUGCUUGCUCCCUUUUCGGAAAUCAAUGGGCGGCGGCCGAUGCUUGUGGGGAGUGGGAUACUCCUUUCCGUAACUCAACUAGGUUGUGCGGUCACGGAUUCUUUUGCGGGCAUGUUACUUGCUCGAUUCUUCCUUGGUGUUGGAGGCUCAACCUACUCCUCCAUAAUCGGCGGCGUCCUCAGCGACAUCUACGUGACUGAAGAAAGGAAUAAGCCUAUGGCAUUAUUCUCCGGAGCCGUUCUCGUCGGCACAGGCUUGGGCCCCAUGAUUUCCAGUUUUAUGGUCCACCACAUCUCCUGGCGCUGGGUAUAUUACAUGCAAGCAAUCCUGUCUGCCGUGGUUACGGUGGCAGUUAUGAUGUUCUUUAACGAAACUCGUGGCAACGUGCUAUUGAGUCGGAAAGCGCAGGUGUUGAAUAAGUGGUAUGAAAAGCUUGAGGACGCGGGAUAUGUUGGUGUUGAUAUGCCAGUCGAGGGAGGGAACCGGCAGAGCCAGCGAAUUAGCUGGAAGGUUAAGUCUGAUGAGGAGAGAGAGAGUAUCGUUAAGAUGGUUACGAUAUCGCUGUAUCGACCAUUUCACCUCCUUUUCACUGAACCCGUGAUAUUUUUCUUCUCGCUCUGGGUCUCCUUUAGCUGGGCGGUAUUGUAUCUUCAGUUCGGUGCAAUCCCCCUUGUUUUCCAAAACAAUCAUGGCUUCAACCUGCAACAAUCUGGGGCUGUUUUUGCAUCAAUCUGCAUCGGCGGCAUGCUGGCCACACUCCUCAGCAUCUGGCAAGAGAAAUAUGUGCGGCGCCUGGGUAAAAUCUCCAGCACGCCUGAGGGCCGCUUAUACUUUGUAUGCAUCGAAUCUAUCCUGAUGCCGGCUGGGAUAUUCUGGUUUGGAUGGACGUCCUUCUCCUCGAUACACUGGGUCGUUCCCUGCUUUGCCAUCGGCUGUGCGACCAUUGGGAUCUUCUCAAUCUACUUGGCCGUUUUUAAUUACCUGGCGGAUACAUACCAUCGGUAUGCCAGUUCAGCCCUGGCUGCUCAAUCGUGUUGUCGAAACCUUCUCGGUGGGAUAUUCCCGCUCGUGGUGCGAGCUAUGUACGUCAAUCUCGGAUAUUCGGGGGCAUCAAGCUUGCUUGGAGGAAUUGGCUCAUUACUCACGGCUGUGCCUUGGGUGCUCGUGUUCUUCGGCCCGAAAAUUAGGGCGCGAAGUAAAAUCGCAAGCGAAAUCAUGACUGAAGACGAAAGAGUCGGAUAA